AUGGAUGAAUAUCUUUUAAGUUUGGAAACAAAUGUGACUUGUAACAAACCAGAAGUAGUUCUCACUAUUUUACACUUCAAUGAUGUGUACGAAAUAGAAGCAAGACCAGAAGAACCCGUUGGCGGUGCUGCAAGGUUUGCCACUGCUCUAAAAGUAUUCCAGUCGCUGAAUCCUUUAGUAGUUUUCAGUGGUGACUGUUUGAGCCCUUCUUUGCUAAGCACAGUCACCAAGGGAAAGCACAUGGUAGAUGUUCUAAAUAAAUUAGGAGUCCAUUGUGCGGUGUAUGGAAAUCAUGAGUUUGAUUUCGGUGUGGACCACUUGGAAGAGCAGACAAAAAAUAUGACCUUCCCAUGGUUCCUCAGCAAUGUGUACGACAGGUUCACCCAUGAAACGCUGGGCCAUGGCAUGGUCAGCAGCAUCCUGGAGUGGAACAGCCUAAAGAUCGGUGUCAUGGGCCUGGUAGAGGAGGACUGGCUGGAUACCCUGGGCACUGUGGACAAGAACAAUAUCCACUACACAGACUAUGUGGAGACAGCUGAUCACCUUUCUGCUGAGCUGAGGGACAAAGGGGCUGACCUGGUCAUCGCAGUCACACACAUGAGGUGGCGUAAUGACAUCAGGCUAGCAUCCGAGUCCAACGGUGUGGAUCUCAUCCUGGGAGGACAUGACCAUGAGUACGGGGUUCUGGAGGUCAAUGGGAUUCUGAUCGUAAAGAGUGGCUCAGAGUUCAGGUACCUGUCAAAGAUUGACGUUGUGAAGGACCAGGAUGGAACGUUCAAGUACACCUGUGAAAAGAGAGCUACAAUGAGAGACCUUGAGGAAGAUGCGGAAAUCAAACAGAUUGUGAAAGGAUACACUGAUAAUAUGCAGCAUAUGCUUGGAGAGGUCCUGUGCCACACAGACGUGACCUUGGAUGGACGCUGCGCCACCGUGAGACGAGCAGAGUGCAACCUGGGUAAUCUGAUCACCAACGCCAUGCUGGAGGCCACUCAUGCGGAAGCGGCGAUUUUAAACUCAGGUACUCUGCGAUCUGACCGCUUGCACCCAGCUGGUCCCCUGACCAUGCAUGACCUGCUGCAGAUCCUGCCACUAAAGGACCCAGUGCUGGUGGUGGAGGCCACUGGGCAGCAGCUCUACGAAGGCCUGGAGAACGGGGUCAGCAUCUACCCUGAUUUAGAUGGAAGAUUUCCCCAGGUCUCAGGGAUUCAGUUUGGCUUUAAUCCCAAUGGAAAACCUGGACACAGAGUCAUCGCUAAGACAGUGAAGGUUCAAGGCAAGAGUCUAGAUAGAGACAGAAAAUAUGCGGUGGCCAUGAAAGAAUUCUUAACUAAGGGCAAAGAUGGCUACACUAUGUUCAGAAGCUGUCCUCAUAGGCACGACAUAGAGAAUGCUCAGAUCCUGUCGACCAUCCUCAUCAACCACUUUGAGUCUGGCCAGAUCGUCAGAGGCACGAAGAGGUGCAUGUCUGGCCACAGGAUGGGCCUCAUCAAGGUGUCCAGCAGCCCCUCUGUGUCUGCCAUUGAAAGUACCAAGAGUGAGAAUCUGGAGGGAGAGGAGGUGGGAGUGGCUGUGGUACCCGGAGUGGAGGGCAGGAUAUUCCAUGUCUACCCUGAGGGCCAAUCAGAAACAGAAGGCUAACAGUGGGUAGGGCUGUUCCUCAUCAGAGAAUUUCACAGAGCAACUCAGCCAUGACUCCAUAGUCACAGUGUAAGCCAGGGGAAAUUACAUCAAGUUUCACAUCUCUCAUCUGCCUCUUGCUUUUUAUCAGCCUUAUAAACAGGCGGACUGUCAAUGAACGCUCAGACAGCAACAUGAGAUGAAGUAAUCCAUUACUUGUAUUACUGUUGAAGUAAUCCAUUACUUAUAGUACUGUUGAAGUAAUCCAUUACUUGUAGUACUGUUGAAGCAAUCCAUUACUUGUAGUACUGUUGAAGUAAUCCAUUAUUUGUAGUAUGUUGAAGCAAUCCAUUACUUGUAGUACUGUUGAAGUAAUCAAUUACUUGUAGUACUGUUGAAGUAAUCCAUUACUUGUAGUACUGUUGAAGCAAUCCAUUACUUGUAGUACUGUUGAAGUAAUCCAUUACUUGUAGUACUGUUGAAGCAAUCCAUUACUUGUAGUACUGUUGAAGCAAUCCAGCAGCAAGCAGUCCUUGAAGUUGUAAAUACAAUUUUUUGACAUGACUCAAAAUUAUACCACAUUUUUCUCCUUGUCAAUACAGUUGAAUAUUGACUAAUAUAUUAACUAAUAUAUUACAGAAAAGAUAUUUAUUUUGAAUGAUCAUUUUGUGGCAUAUAUUGUGGCAAUGUAUAAGGAUUUGAACGGAGAAGGAGGAGCAAUAGUGUACAUGUGCUCAUGACAACAUUAUAGUAAAAAGGAAAUGAAUUGAAGAAAACUC